CGAGUUUGGCCUGCCAACAUAACAUAAUUUCUGUUCGACGUGUACACUCCGCCGUCGCCGCUGCCAAGGAAGAAAGUAUUUACAUUCGGCUUCCCGUUUUUCUCUCGGUCGGCACACUACUCGCGAAUUUUGCAACGAUGAAAAGCUUCCUGUACGCACUGCUAGCGCUGCUCGCCGUCAGCCAGCUCGGUUUGGCGAACGAGGAAAACACCGCCCGGUUGCUGGUUUCGAAGCACAUCCUGAACAAAUACCUGGUCGAGGCUCGUGAUAUCGUGGUGAAGUACACGCUGUACAACGUUGGCUCCGGACCGGCUGUUAAUGUGCGCCUGGUUGACAACGGAUUCCAUCCGGAGGUGUUCGAGGUGGUCGGUGGCCAGCUGACCGCGUCGAUCGAUCGCAUUGCGCCGCAGACGAACGUGACGCACAUCGUGGUGGUGCGGCCGAAGCAGUACGGCUACCUGAACUUCACCGCCGCCGAGGUGAACUAUCUCGCGACGGAGGACGCCACCGAGCCCCAGUUCUCGAUCAGUUCCGAGCCGGGCGAGGGCGCGAUCGUGGCCGAGGCACAGUUCAACAAGCAGUUCAGCUCGCACUAUCUGGACUGGCUGGCGUUCGCCUUCCUGACGCUGCCGUCCCUGGCCAUCCCGUACGUGAUGUGGUACAGCUCCAAGUCCAAGUACGAAGCGAUGGGCAAAUCGUCCAAGAAGGCCAACUAAGUCAUCCAAGUAGGCAGCAGUAGCAACAAAACGGCGAUGUGCUCCAGUGACCGAUUUUCCAGUCGUUUGGCAGCGCGAGUCACCGACUCAACAUCCAUCUUUGAAGACUAAUUUAAUUUGUAAGGCCGUAAACCCGGAGUGUGCAGCAGCAGCAACAGUAGCAUCAUUGAUCGUCAUUAGUUUUCGCCUCAUCACCCCCACGUGAGGCUCAAUUUGAAACCGUUUUCAUCCUUCUAAAGCCGCAUCACCCGCAUCGCAAUCCCACUCCCCAUAAAUGCUCCGAGGUCACAGAGGAAUCACAAAGAAGUGGAAGAAGCAGAGAAGGUUGGAGGAGCAGAUCUAUUUUUUUUUUUCAUUUGGUUUUGUGAAUAAACCGAAUGCGAACUACGUUCGUGCUGAAAAACAAA